AUGGACAAUUUACAACCGAAAUUAUCACAGACUUCCAAACGGAGCUCUGUUACUGUUACUGUCGAAGAUGAUAAUGAACAUCAGGAAACACCUGUACGCAGAUAUGAUGAGUUGAAAAGCUACAUUUACACCAACGACCCCAAUAAUUUCAAAAGGUACUUGGCAACCUUGAGGAAUGAGGAGAUAAGAGAAGCGGUCAAUGAGAGAGAUGAAACAGGAAAGUCUCCGUUAGACAUUGCAGCCAGCCUGGGACGCGUGAAGUUAACGAAAAUGCUCAUUGCUUGUGGAGCCAAAAUUGAUAGCUGCAACUCUAAAGGGUACAGCUGCAUACAUCACGCUGCCGCUUGGGGUCACCUGCCAGUGCUGAUUUUCCUUGUGGACAUGGGUGCAAACAUCUACAAACGGACAGUGCAUGGAGAAACCCCGGCAGACCUGGCUGCAAGGUACAACAUGGAUAACUGUGUGGAGUUUCUGGAGCUUACAGCUGCAGUCAGACGCUUGCAAGUUGUAAUUAACCAAAUUCAAGAUAAACUCAGAGACGACAAAGGAUACCCGGGCCGGUUCACCAAAGAAGAGAAGCUAAUGUUGACCAACGCCUGCACAGAGAAGUCCGACUGGCUGGCAAACGCUACUGUGGUAUCGUCUCAAGAGGUCAAAGAUCAGAUUGCCCAGCUGGAGCUGUGUGUGCAAGCUGUGCUGUUCUAG